CCGCUCUGCCCCCCACAGUCUGAAGCCGGGUAUGACCCAAGCUACUGCUCUCGGUUGAACCUGAGAAGAUCGGGGCUGAAACAAUCUCCAUCCAUCCUCCGCUCAGACAACACUUUGUGGAAACGCAUCUCUGUCAGCAGCCAGGAGAAAAGAUAACUCGUUCAAACGAAUCAGAAAGCACUGGGAAGAGGCGCAAAGAAAAAUUUCCAUACUAGAUGACAUUACAUCGCAAUGUCCGAUCGUUUGGGGCAAAUAACCAAGUCCAAGGAUGGGAAAAGCAAGUAUUCUUCACUCAGCCUAUUUGACAAGUACAAGGGAAAAUCAAUAGAAAAUCAGAAAAAUACAGUAGUUCCGCGACAUGGCUUACAGAGUCUUGGCAAAGUGGCCACUGCCCGGCGCAUGCCCCCACCCGCUCACCUGCCGAGCUUGAAGUCUGAAAACAAAGGAAACGAUCCCAACGUGAUUAUUGUGCCCAAAGACGGUACAGGAUGGGCGAACAAGCAGGAACAACCCGAUCAAAAGACUUCUAUUGCAUCAACAACACAGCUGCCGGAGUUGCAGCCGCAGCUGGCUUUACAGAAAUCUGUCUCCAAUCUUCAGAAGCCCUCACCGGCAGCCAACCAAGAGAACACAAACGCAGGUGGACCAAAGCAAUGGGCCCAGCUAAAUGGAAGGGCAAAAGAGCUAGAUGGUUUAAGGGCCUCAAACCGACUUCAGCCCUUCUCUCACGAGGAAUUUCCCACGCUGAAGGCAGCUGGAGAACAGGACAAGGUUGGCAAGGAAAGAAGCGGCUUCGAUCCGUCGUAUGGGCCAGGACCAAGCCUCCGCCCCCAGAAUGUGACGAGCUGGAGGGAAGGUGGUGGCAGGAACCUUCAGCCCUCAACCCUGACCCUCGGCCUGCCUGCAGAUCCUGAGGGUAAGCUCACUGCCCUGGGUGAGACCGGCACCCCUCCCGCCCCAUCUCACCCCCCCUCUGCCACGGUCACCACCCCUACAAGUGUAGUGACGGCUCUGUCACCGGUCCUCGACCCCAAGGAGCCCUCCCUACGCCCCGCCCAGCCUGUCCGCAGAACAACCGUCCCUACUGCCCUGCAGUACCAACUUCACCACACUUCCACUGCUGUCUACCAUGACAUGUUGCCCGCAUUUAUGUGCUCUAAAGACACACGUGAAGCCCCAGGUACAGAGCAUGUCCCUGCCACCGUCGCAGCUCCAGUCCGAUUUGACAACAAACCCGCUUUUAGACAGAGCUUUGCCAAACCUGAACUCGUCAACGGUGAUGUGAGAAGAGACAACCGCUUUGUGCGUGCACCACCUCGACAGUCUUCUCAGCCCAUCCGCAGGCCUGGUGAAAGACCUCAACGCCCAGCCAUCAUCAAUCCUGAGGAUCUGAAGGAUCUGGAUGAGCUUGACCACGAAUGCGAGGAUGGAUGGGCUGGACUCCAUGAGGAAGUUGAUUAUGGCGAGAAACUCAAGUUUAGUGAUGAUGAAGAUGAGCACUCGAACAAGGAUAAAAACAAGAUGUGGACUGAAUGGGAGAGGGAGAGAGAGAGAGAGAUCCAACGCGAGUGCCACCCCUCCCUGAGUUCAGGUGAGGUUUACCCCCCAGAGGGCACAGAAGAGAACUAUUCCUACCAACAUAACCAUCACGAGGCUGCAAGGAAGACCAACGGCAGAUAUCUCCCUACGGACACACAGACCCAGCAGAAAAUCCAAGGUGAGCCACUGACUGACCAGGAAGAUCACCAGCGCCAGUCUCAGUCUCAGUCCCAGGCCCAGGCUCCUGCUAGGGCCAAGUAUGUGUCACCUGAGCUGUCGGAGGCAGUCGAGAGAGCCCGUAAACGCCGGGAAGAGGAAGAGAGGCGUGCCCGUGAGGAGCGACUGGCUGCCUGUGCUGAAAAACUGAAAAGGCUGGAUGAGAAAUUUGGGAAGACCGAAAGGCAGACGUCAAGGACAGAGGAGGGCCAGAAAGAGGAAGAUGGCAAAGAAGUCCCGCUGUCCCCAAACAGGGAACAAAGUAAAAGUCAACCUGAGAACUGGCAAUACAGCACAAAAGAUGGAACUGAGUGUCUCACAGACAACUCUCCGGGCCAUAGUUACCGCGAGGAAUCUGGCUUCUCUAACUACCGUGCCAGUGAGGAUGAUGGACAGGAGCCUUCCUCCCCCUCAGGAGACUACAACGGACGUCAUACCUCCAAACCCAUCCCACCCCGCUUUCAAAAGCAGCAGCAGCAGCAGCAGCCUCCGCCGCCACUGCCACUGCCGCACCACCAGCAGCAGCAGCAGCAACCGCUGCCGCCACUGCCGCACCACCAGCAGCAGCAGCAGCAGCAGCAGCAGCCGCCGCCGCCGCCACUGCCGCACCACCACCACCAGCAGCCGCAGCAACAGCCGCAGCAGCAGCAGCCGCAGCCGGAUCAAGUGUACAAGAUGCAGCAUUGGCAGCAGUCAGGACACCCUGCCCCGUCAAACUCAAGCCAUGGACAGCGGGGCUACUAUCCCCCACAUGUCCUCGGGUUUGACCCCCGCUGGAUGAUGAUGCCACCUUUCAUGGAUCCCCGCAUGACCCAAGGACGAUCUCCUGUGGACUACUACCCCGGUGCUGUCCAUUCUUCAGGAAUGAUGAAACCCAUGAUGCAUCAAGACCACUUGAACAGUCCUGGUUCUGAUGAGGGCCAUUCCAACCUGCACCAGGAGAGAAGAGCCCCCUCCACUGAGCCUUACCCUGUGUGGAACCAGGAUGGCUACCCCUCGCGCAGCUUCACCCCACCUUACCAGAGACAACAUGAAAGCUCAGACAGUGGCCUGCCAGAUGAUAGAAGUGAUGUCAUCAGCUCCCAACAGGACUGCUAUGAAGAAAGAGCCAACGAGUGCUUGCCCCACCCUCAAGAUGAUCUCCCCCACCAUGCUUUCCAGAGCCGGGGCCCAGACAGAGCACAUCAUGACCAUGGUUUGCUGACCACUGCUCAGACCCGACCCCAGAAUCUUGCAGAUAAUGAAUACCCAAAACAAGACUCCAGAGACAAACAUCUCAAAGAUGGCCCUGAAUCUCAUGACGAGACCUUAGAUGGCUCCAAGGACAAUUGGAAAAGAGACAGAGGCCAGAAACAAGAUGGAGGACUUAACAGUGCUCAAAGCCAGUGGUCUGAAGCCAGUUCCAGCUCCAGCAGUAGUGUGAGCCAGCCAUCUGAACCCAGUGGGCGUACUUUGAUUCGCAGAACCGGGCCCAUCAAGAAACCAGUUCUCAAGGCACUCAAAGUGGAAGAUAAGGAGAAUGAGAAGCCUAAACCUGAGCCUGAGGAGAAGCCUGUCCCCUACCGUCUAGAGAAAGAAGUCCUUACCAAUGUUUAUGACUUGAAGAGAGACAUCCAGCCUGCCAGCAACAGGCGUGCAGCCUCACCUGUUGUUGAGAAACAACCCGAAGAGAGGCAGCGUCAGUCACCAGCUCCCAUCAAAACAGAAAGACCACUGAGCACCCACAGUGAUGAUUCUCCCAAGGAGAACCCCUGGGAGAGCAGCAAGAGCCAUUCACCUAGAGACAGCCAAGAAAAUCGCGAUCCCCAGGCACCACGGCGUAAUAACUGGAUCUUUAUUGAUGAAGAACAAGCCUUUGGUGCAGUCAGGGGAGCAGGUAGAGGCCGCAGUCGAGGCUUUAGGGAAUUCAACUCUAGAGGUGGAGGCCGUGGUGGCCGAGGUGGGGACAAUCUCAGAGGAGCUUAUAACAAUAAUAACAACAGCAGUGGAAUCGGUGCCCAACGGACAGGCAGAGGCAGAGCAGCACCUCGGGACCUGGUCACGGUGGAGGAGUUCCAGAGGGGCAAGCCCCGGAGGCGAAAUGUCAGUGAGACCUUGAGUGAAGCCUCCGAGUAUGAGGAACUGCCGAAGAGGCGACGCGAGAAGGGAUCUGAAAACGGCGAAGGUUACACAGAGUCAGCAGAAGUCCGUAAAGCUGAUAGAGAUUCUUGGAGAUCCAACAAAGUGUAUACAGAUGACCAGACGGCCGCAGAUUUCAAAGAAAAGACCAAGGCCGGCCGGGGCUUUGGGGGCCGCACGUUGCCUCCCAGACUGAAUACCACUGGAAGUUACACUCGAGGCUUUGGGGGUUCCAGGGACAUUUCUACAUGGAGAGGCCGUGGACCCCAGUUUGUUAACAAUGGUGGCUCCAUGCAAGAGAAUGGUUAUGGUCCUGGAGCUGAGACAGUUUAUACCCGCAGACUCCCUGUUGAGCGUGAGUCUCUCAAGUACCCAACUAAAUUCACUGGCUCUUUAGUGGAAAAUGGCACAGAGGAACGUGAAGGAGAAUACUACAUUGACAACGAUAACCCAGACAGGCAGAUGUUGAGGAGACGUCGUCCACCCCGACAAGACAAGCCUCCACGCUUCCGUCGUCUACAACAAGAACGUGAACCAGGCACAAACCAGUGGACGAGUGACGAGUAUGUAAAUGGAGACUUCGCAAACCCCUGGCCUGGUCGUCCCAAAGGCACCGGGGAAGAGAACUGGCCCAGUGGCCACUACUCUGGUGGACGGCCUAACCCGCAUGGUCAGGUGGAGGAAUGGGAGACAGGAUCAGACAACAGCGACUUGGGUGACUGGAGAGAGAAGCGAGCCGGAGGCGCAGCUACACAGGGACAUGGUGAUAUUCCAUCUGAUGGCCAUAGUGAACCAGGCUCUGGUGAGAAAAGGGAACUCUCCAAGAGAAGUUUCUCCAGCCAGAGACCGCUGGUGGAACGGCAGAACAGGAAAGGAGAGCCAUCGCUGCUUGAAGUGAGCAAGAUGACGCGUACACCUGAUAAUCCCCCCACGUCGUCCUCUAACAGGAGUGACAGUUGGCAGAACGGAGGGACUUCUUGUAAGAGCAGGAGCCCAGAUGAGUUGGGCCCCAUCUACAGCAUAGAGCCAGAGGAGAGGGAGCCCAGUGACCCGUCAGGGAAGGACUUGGACAAGGAGCUAAAUCCAGGACCUGUCAAGUCAGACAUAGCCGAACCUCUGUCCCAGUAUGAACUCAGCAGCUACCCCAUUGAUGGCGAUGCAGGGGGACCAGUUUCAAAUCCAGAUGGAUACCAGGACGCCUUAUCCAAAAAGCAAAGGCGCCCACAGGAAGAUGACAGGAGGAGGAAGGAACAGGGAGCUGCUAUGCCAGUGAAGAACAGGACGAUCGCAUCCAAGAUACCACCACGCUUUGCUAAAAAGCAGGGAAGCAUGAGCAUUGAGCAACCUGAGGAGGCGCUGUCCUCCAACAAUCUGGGAACUGAAAUCUGGGAGACCAACAGCUCAGCUCUUUCAGUCCAGUCUUCAGGGGGAGACUCGUGGACUAAACAGGUGUCUUACACUGGGAGCGAGCCCAACUCCGAGGACUCUGAUGCCGGCCCAGAGCAGACUAAAGAACAGCACAAGCCGGGGCCCAUCGGAAACGAACGCUCCCUGAAACACCGCAAGGGCUCUGAAGGUGUUGAUAGGCUGGAAGGUGGCCCCAUCACGCCAGUCAAUGGCGUGGACCUACAUGUGGACACUGUGCUGCCCGGGCCUCCUAUUGAGUUUGGUGUUAGUGCCAAAGACUCUGAUUUCAGCCUACCACCAGGCUCUACCCCGGUGCCAGUGUCCAAUCCUGUCAACAAGCUUCAGGAGGCACUUGCCACCAAUACUGUUCUCAAUCAGACUAUUCCCAUGCUGCGCUCCAAUCAUCUGCAGCCUGGCAUGAACCUCAACCCCAUCUCCUUCCCCAGUGCUGACCUCACUCUCAAGAUGGAAUCUGCACGUAAGGCAUGGGAGAACUCCCAGUCCCUCCCUGAGCAGGGCUCCCCUGGCGGAAUACCUUCAGGUGGUCAGCCUCCCUGCAGCGUUGGCUCCAGUGUCAGCUACAGUUCAUUUGGAGGAGUGUCCAUGCCUCCAAUGCCUGUGGCUUCAGUAGCACCCUCCAUGUCCAUGCAAGGUAAUCACAUCACACCAUUGUAUCUGGAUGGCCAUGUCUUUCCAAGCCAGCCACGCCUUGUACCUCCCAACAUGACCCAGCAGCAGACAUACCAACAGGCGGCUGCAGCCCAGCAGAUUCCCAUCUCUCUCCACACGUCUCUUCAGGCUCAGGCUCAGCUGGGACUUCGGGGCGGUCUACCCGUCUCUCAGUCUCAAGAGAUGUUCAGCUCUAUUCCUCCCUUCAGGUCACAGGUUUACAUGCACCACAACCUGUCACAGCCCAGCCCCAUGGUGCUGUCGGGCGGAGCCCCUCUCAAGGGGCCCUACUCUCCUUUCCCUGGCAUGCAGCCCUCAGACAUGGUCAAGUCACAGUCAGGCUCACACUACCAGCCAAUGAAUGGCAGCCAGCAACUAGUCUAUGACAGCCAGAUGAAUCAGGGCCCUGGGAUGGGUUCUUCCCAGUUAAUGGACUCUCAGCUCAUUCAGGUGACCAUGCCCCUCCCUGGUUCUCAGCUGCGCUACGGCUCAGCUCAGCAGCAUCUCAUCCUCCCACAGUCCAUCCAGCUGCAGCAGGGACAGAACCUGUCGGUGGGAGCCCCACGUCGGAUGAUGCCACCUGGCUCCCAGGCUGCUGUCAUGACCGGCAGUCGAGAGGCCUCGCAGAUGGAAAUGAAAGGCUUUCAGUAUUCUGAUAAGCCCAACCACUCCCAGGGCAUGUCUGUAGGUUCCUACAGGCCUGGGUCUGCCAGCCCCAGUGGGAAGCCCUCUGGCCCUUUAGGCCCCCUGCCAACACAUUACACUCAACAGGUCCCACCCACUCAGGGCAGCAUGGUGAUGCACAUGCGGCCCCCCACCACAGGCCCUUUCCCCAACCCCAUCCAGAGACCAAUCAUGCAGGUGAACAAGCCUGUCAUCAUCCGCUCCCCCCCUUACCCUAACCCUGGCCGCGACCCCUCCCACUCCAACCUUCCUUCGGCCCCCGAGCCCCCUGUUAAGGGGCCAGAGGAUGGCAUGAAGAAUAAAACCUUACGAGAAGUGCGCAAGGCAGUGGGUGAGGGCAAGACACCAUCCGGGGGCAUGACCAGCAAACUCCAGGAGCCCCUACCCUCCAUGGGGCAAGCCAAACCAGCACGCACUGGAGCCAUCAAACCCCAGGCUGUCAAAGUAGAGGAGGGCAAGGCAUAAUAACAAUGGACCUGAACGUCCUCAUCACCACCCAGCCUGUCAGCGCAAAGCCCCUCCACCAAUGUCUGAGCCCUCUGAGACCCAUCUCAUCCAGAGGUGCCGAGGCAAGGGGCAAACAUGCAGACAUGAUGAAUUGACCCCUUUUUGAACUGUCAGAACUGGACACUUAUUAUUUCACACCACGUAUAGAGAUAUAUAUAAAUAUAUUAUAAAUAUAUACAUAGACACAAACAGUCUUUUAAGCAGAUCUCUUCAAGGUCCUCUUUAAUUUAUUAUUAGUCACUUUUAAGGGGAGAUUGGUAAAGAUAAGAUAUUUCUGUUUUUUUGGAUUUCUCCUUGAAGCAGGGAAAAGAAAAGUGGCCAACUCAGACAGAUUGUUCAUUUUUCACACCAUUUUGCCAAACUGUAUUUACUCCCUGUUUAUGGACUGUAGCCCUCGAGACCAGGCAGACUCUUGAUAAAACUCGCUAUGAGACGAAAGGUCUGCUCAACAUUUUUUUUAAACAAUUGAAAUGCAGUGGGGCACUUGCUGCUCAUUUUUGCUGGUAAAUAAAAGGUUCAAGUCAUCACCCCUUCAUCCUAUUGGUAAAGGACGUAUUCUAUUAACCUGGGAAAAAAUUCUAACUCCAAUUUGUGGACAUCGUUGCAUGUCACUGUGGCAAAAGUCGAUUUCAGCCUAGAAGCGCAUCCUCUGGGGUUUUUUCACCCAGCCCAUGAACUGCGGCAAAAACAGCGUAGAACGGUAGAAAUUAUUUCUUUUCUUAAAAGUCUGUUUGCUUUUUUUUUAAACAUUCUGUUGCUUGCUCUUUUUCUGUCUAUAAACUGAAACAAAAAGGUGAACAUUGUACCAAAAUCAUGUCGCUUCCACAGGAACUUCACUGGCAUCGAUCUGGCGUGUGCAUGUGAUGUGCUGAACGUGUGUGUGUGUGUGUGUGUGUAAACUCGCAGGACUCCUAUCUACCCGAACGCGGUGUUGGUAACGCUGUCGUCGACUGUAAGGAUUUUAAACAAAUGCCAAGCUGGCAACAAAACUUUGGGGCUCGUUGUGACGUUUUGUGGGGGGAGGGGGCUGCAUUCUCUAUUUCUGUUAAGGACCCUCAUGAAUUAGCUGAUUUAAAAGGCUUUGCUUUCGUAUCCCUUUUUUAUUUGGGUUGUAAUGAAUCAAAUUUUCAGUUGAUGAACAUGUGAUUAUUUUGACAUCCCUUAACCUUGGGGCAGUUUGCUUUCUCCUGAAACACUGUUCACCAAUUCUGUUCAAAUCCUGCUACAGUUGUGGAAAUGGUGAAGAAACGGACUCAUCCCAUUUGAUUACUCAGCAUCUGGUCUCCGAGGUGGCACGAGCAAUAAAUGCAGCCUAACUAUAAUCACAAUCAGGGUCCAAAUAACUUUUACUCUUUCCUGAUAGAAGCUAAUGAUCACCAACGAGGGGCGUUAAGCUUUGCUUGCUGAAUUAAAAAAUUUUGCUUACGCUUUUUUUUUUGUGCGCGCUGCAGUUCCAGUGGACUACGAAGGACUUUUAAAGUGUUCUAUAUGAAAAUGUGAAGCUGUUGGAAUCAUCCUUUUACUUUGUUUUGUUUUUUGUAAUGGACAUUUAUUUUGAAACUCAAAAAUGCCAAUGUCAUACCUGGUUAAAUGUUACUGCUUACUAUAAUGCUCCAUGACACUACAACAUGUUGCGAUUUAUCUUAAUGUUUCACUGGUAUAUAUGUAUAUGCAUACUUAACUGUACAGUCAGGCCUCGUCAGCGAAGAGAGGCUCAAACCCACAUUUCAUUUUUAGAUAUUAUGGCACUAUAAAGGAUUUAACGUUGAAAAGGUCACUGUUCUCAGAAUGGACUGCUUUCACUUGUCGAUAGGUUUUGUCAGGCUUGGAGUGUUUUUUGCCUCUUAUCCCUUACUGCAAAAAGAUCUCGAUGCUUCUCAUCAUUGUACCUGCACCAAAAUGCCCCCGACUCUUUCUUUUUGUACUUUUAAGAUGCAUAUUUCAUUUUUGUUGGAGGACCAGUGCUUUCUACAGCUGAUCCAGCAUUCUAUUUAUCCUAUCUGAUCUUUAUCCUUUCAGAUAUUUGGUCAAUACUCUCCCUUGUUAAAAAAAAAGAGCUUAUUGAAAGAAAAGAAAUAAAGCAGUUGUGAUUUCUUAAAUGUACUGUUGAUUCUGUACUCUCACUUUGUCAUAUUAAAAUCAUGCAUCAAAUGGU